CGUCGCCAGACUUGCACAGAUAUUGGAUAAAUGGGUUGCAACAGGGUUAAAAGUAACGCUCUGCUUUGUUAUGGUCAACUUAGCAUAUAUGAGAAAGUACAUGUACAAUAAAAUAUUACAUUUAUCCUACAUAUAUUCAAAGCUAAAAACAAAAACUUUCCGUAUUUUCGUUUCAUAACUGCACCCGAUAGCAGUUUAAAUUUUGAAACAGUCAGAAUGCUUGUUCAAAAAGUUGAUAGUUCAUCCGCAAUUUCGCUUCUGGUGGACCAAGCAAGAGCAGCUGAUUUGGAAUGGAGAUUGUAUCAGAGGAAACUGGAGCAAACACUUUUUCGUUUGCGGUAAGUCCACAUAGUAGCUAUUACCCAAUUAUCAACAUAAAAAAAAUGAAAUAAAUAAAUUUAUAUCCUCUGCACGAGACCACAGCAUUUAUUUGUGCAUGUACAGAACAAAACUUAUAAUAUAUAUAUAAUAUAUACAAACAAAUUGAAACAAGACAGGGCCCGAGUGCAGAUAUCAUCCUUGCUCGAAAUGUAUUUUCUGUUGCGCUUUUCCCAGUUGCAAAAAUAGCAUCUGACUCUUCUGGAACUUUAAGUGAAAUUAGAUUCUGGCCGGUUCUAUCAUAACCAUAAUGCUUGCAUACAAAUUUAAAGUGAAGACGUAAAAAAGUCGGAUGGUUAUUAAUGAAAUUCUGUGGGUAUUGUAAAAUGAUAAUUAAUCCUCUAAAUAAUUCAUGUUGAAUAAAAUUCCAUUAUAUAUGAUUCAAGGGCACAGUAACUCUUCACAGUAAAUUCUUCUUUCCUUGGCCGCGAAAUAAAACAAAUAGUUCAGAUAAGGAUUGAGUGUGAUUUUAGUGAGCAUAUUAAGAUGUAUCGCCGCACCGGGACCUUUACAUAAAAGUCUUUGACUGUAUUCGCCUACUGCAAUUAAUUCGGCCGAUGUAGCCUAUGCCCUAUGUGACAAUGAUUAUAUUGACUUGUAGGUGAUAAAAUAAGCUAAGAUCAAUAUCGUCUUAUCAAAAACGGAAAUACAAAUAUUCGUAACAUUCUCUGACCAUGUUAUUGUAAAAAUAAUGUGGCUCAAAACGAAAUCACGUAAUCGAAUUUUAAGCUGGACAUUUAAAACGACGAUCUUAAUUAAAUGUGAAAAAGUGAACACAAAAUGAUCAACACGAGCCGAAGACCAAAGCGAAAUAAUUGAAUAAUAGGCAUUCGAUCUUGUAUUACCGAGGAACAAGCUGUUUAGUUUGUAUAUUCUAUCAACAUACCUUGAUACGCGAUACCACCAUCCCGUGUUAUGACAUUGUUUAAUAUCAGUGAGACGCUUUAGCGAAGUGUUGACAUAUCCUUGUUAAGAUUAGCUGAACCAGUGUAAGUACAUAGUAUUUUUAGAUUAUCGAAGAAAAAACAAAAACGAGAUUUAGUUUAAGUAAUUAGUAGUUUCCUAGUAAUUACUUUAAUCAAUGUUGGCAUAUUUUAGAUUGAGCAUCGCACAAUAUAACCAUUAGAUUAUUUUGCAGUAUGCUCACGAAACGGAGAAGUGAAUGUCCUUCUUUGCGUUGAUCCACAAUAUGAAUAUUUAUAGUUACAUUUAGUUGAAAUAUUUACUUCAUUAAGAUCAUGUCGCUUAUGCAGGUUUCCAUACGGUGGAAUCAAAAUCAAUCUCUAGCGCAACAAUUGCCAAGAUUCAUUCAGACGGAGGGCUCACCGUUUAAACCUCUACAAAGCAGGAGAGCUGCAAGGAGUUAUCCUGGAAUAACAUCAGGAUUCGUUUCAGCAAGAGAUUCUGAUCCACGAGCUCCAUCGACAGCAUAUAGACUACCAAGACUUCCUCUUGAACGACAUCUGAGAAGUCGGUUGCAAAGAGAUUAUGUAUACAAGGAACCUCUGAGUGAAUCGCAUUUUCUUAUACACAAAGAUCCAAGAACUGGGACUCCGGCUGGACCAGGUAUAUCACCUGAUCUGCGGAUAAAACCAAGAAGCACAAAAUGCCGUCGCCCACCGCAAACUGCUGCUGCGCUUACAACAACUAUAGAAAACCAUUCAUUUCCUACAGGUCUGAAGGCACACAGAUUAAUUCCUCAUUGGAAACAUGCGAUUUCAAACGCUCCCAAUUUGCCUAUAAUACAUCUUCAACGGAAUAAACCUAGAGAUCCUGGAACUCCUCCUCAAUCAGAGAUAGACUACAGCCAUCACCUGCCAACACUGCAUAUACAUACACAAACACCUACGCCAAGUCCGCCACCUACAACAGCACGACAACCACAAGAGAAUUUUCCUCUUCCACCAUCAGUGCAUACAUCAGAUGAAGAACGAAAAUUAACUUGGCAACUUUCGCCAUACGACAACAAAAACUUUGACAAACAAGGACUUGGUCCAAAUCAGGGGCCAUUCUCGCGGGAACUGCCAAGAAAGUGCAUGCCACCAGCUAACUGGUUGCGUAUGAAAUUGCGAACUAGAAUUCAAAUGAGAAAACGGCAACAACUAAGCGCGACGGUGAAAUAAAAAUCAACCAGCCGUGUUUACAUCCUCAGCACCCGGCGGCAAGAGUGACAAUUAUUCUUUGCCCAGAGAGCCCUCUACAAAAAAAAUGUUUCAUUUAUGCCUGCUUACGGAUACCAAUCGGUUGGCACAAAAAGCUUGAAAUAUUUGCCAGCCCGAAUUUUCUCUGGGAAUCAACGCUGAGCCCCAUUUGCAUGAAUGAAACUCAUUACGUGAAUACCCCAACAUCCUGCCACCAAAUUAUCUAUCCUGACCCAGAACAUAGUCGUGAUUGAAUCCAACUUCAUAUGCUAACUCUAACCACUUGCCCUGAAAGUAUGUCUACCAAAACUCAGAAGUGUGUUGAAACGGGAAAAGACAUUUUCGUGACACCGUUUCCAAAUCACAAGAGUGCUCCAGAAGUAUGUAUACCAAGAUGGCGCACAACCUGAACCCUAACCUGGUACACAUACUAUUUUCAGGUUGUGCACCAAAAUACUUCCGGAGGUCCGUCAAAAGGAUUAGGUCUUUCGUAAUCACUGAACACCAACAUUUUUGGAGCAGACCAGAACCCUAAACAAGCGAUUUCGAGG